AAUCAUUGAUUAGUCUAUGUAUAAUGCAUGUGAUCAUCACUCCAUAUAUAUGGUGAUUUGUGCACAGCAAUGAGGCUGUGUGUGGCUGUGGGAGGGUCAGUGUGAUGACGUCAGUGCCGGGGUUCAGCUGGACCGACUGACCGCUGGAUCUGCCGGAUCACUGGAGGAGCUGCUCACUGUGCGCGCGCCCGUGCGGAGUUUCCAGCGCAAGGAAGUUUUGAGUUUGGAAUAUUCUGGUCACUGCCCUGAAAUCUCAGCGAGUCGAGUCCAUCAGAACACUGAACAUGAAGAGCAUCACAUGUCUUAUCGCUGUUCUUCUGUGUCUGAGAACCGCAGCUUCAGACUCCAGUGCGAUCUGUGAGCUGAAGGAUGUUCCCGGAAACAGCAAUGAUUGGAUCGUUCUGCAGGAAAUGCAUCUGGGAUGCUGGACGGACUUUACCACCCGGGACGGGGCAGAAGUCCACAUCCUCAGCCUGUUGUCCUCAAAUGAACAACACAUGAUAUUUUCACUCAGCGUAACUGGGGGGAUCCCGCCUGUUCUGAUCUUCACCUCAACCAGCACACAAACCAUCAGUGUCCUGCUUAAGGACAACCCCGCAGUGAAGAUCUUCGUGACGAAUGGGACUUCAAUACAGCUUCUCCCAAACAACAUAGGAUCUCCAGAGACACUAGCUGCUUCAUCCACAGACGGAGAUUCUGAACUUCUGAAAUGGGCAGAAGAGAAGUUUGGAGGAGUCACAUCCUUCACCACAGCACGAAAUCCACGAAGCAUCACUUUCACUGGCAUGACGGGCAAGUUCUUCCAGCGACCCUCCACAUGUGACCUGCAGCCGGAAACACUCAAAGAUAAACACUUCAUCAAUCUGGAGCUGUCCGAGCCAUCGAAUGAGCUGAGAUCAUGUUACACGAAGCAUCCCGGAGAACAACUGCACGUGAUUAAUAUUCCUGAUGACAACAUAACGAGGAAGGUGUCUGUGCAUUUGUCAUCUGACUGUAAACUGCUCCUCAGAGGUCCACCAAAAACUGAGUGGACAAUCCAAGCGAGUCACAUUGUCAAACCUGUGUCUAACAAUCUUAUAACCUUAAAUAACUGGAGUUUACCUUCAACGAUCGAGAUCUCAGAUAAUGCUAUAGACAUCAGACAGAAGGCGAUGUCAAGGUUCAACAGCACCAUCAGCAGCUACUCUGAGAUCCGUCUGAACGCGCCACACAUCCAGCUGUGGAUCAUAGGGAACACCAGCUCCUCAGUACCAGCAGAAGUGGAGCGCACCACACCGGCACCCACUUCUUCUUCGGGUUUUUUGGAGAUGAAGCUGUACUCGUCUCCAGACUACAAGUCACCUCUGGAUCCCAGCAGCAAAGUUCAGAUUGACAAGAGGGUUUAUGCGGAGAUCCUAAACAACAUGACGACAUUCGGAGAACUCAAGUUAAACAUUAUGGUCAGCAGUUGUUUGGUUCGCUCCAUGCUAGAGGUGAGGAACAUGCCGUUCAAAGAUGAGGCGUGUCACAAUAAAGACUGUCCCAAGAGACUCAGCUUCUCCUUGGAGAUUCUUAAGGGCUUGCCGUCCAGCUCAUGGGAACUCGAAUGUGCAGUUAAAUUUUGUAUGAAGGGACAGGACAUGAAGUGUAUAAGUGAAACAAUGAAAGUCAAGAGGAACUUGCAAGUCAACCCAUAUAUACCAACGCUUAUACCAAAUCAGUGUUUUGAGUUCGGACUCUCGGCUGUUCUGGGAAUCGCGUUCGGAGGAUUCCUGAUCGGGGUUCUCCUCACCGGCGCUUUAUGGUUCAUUAAGAUACGCACUGGGCAUCCUGUGGCUCUGGGAAUGAGAUCAACAGCGGCCGAGCUCUCAGUCCUCUCUCUAUCAGGAUGCCCAUGUGGUCUGACCAAACGCCAGCCCGUGCCCACCCACUCGUCUCCCUCCGAGGACAGCAGUGCCAACGCCAGCAUCGGCAGCACCCAGAGCACACCCACCAGCAGCAUGGCAUAAUGCCGUCACCAUCCAUCCCUCCACACCUAACGCUCCCCCCUCUCGCUCCACGCCUCCCAUCGUCCCGAGCGAGAGAAAACGAGAGGCAGUCCUGAAAUGUUCCCUGUACCUCACACUACUCGAUUUGCUCACCCAGCUACGGGAAGUCAGCAGGGACAAAGAACAAAAAAAGAAAAAGCUUGGCUCCCAGAGACAGGAAAAACAAUGCAUAACCCCCAGGAACUAACAGGAAAUUCGUCGCAUUCUUGCGCCGGUGCCUCUCUGAUGGAGGCGAAAUAAGAUUUCACAGACAAACAGAGGUCUGACGCAUCAGUUCGCUUUCAGACGCGGCUAAAUGUAGCUCAAAGAGACGACCAAACAAACGUCAGACCGCCUCGUAUCCAAACACUCAGCUGUGGAGUGGUAUGAUGAAACAUUCAAACAAAUCAAAACAGUGGACACCAAUAAUAAAAGGAAGCAUUUUUAUGUUACUGAAAUGGCUGUCUCGCAUGGGACAGACUGGCUACCUCGGAGUCUCUGUGGAUGUAGAUUUGUUAAAUAUUUACUUGUCCAAAACUAGAAACAGUGGCUGAAUCUCAUGAAAUCUGCCAAAACACAUCAUAUUUAACCCUCAAAUCAAUACAAAGACAAAAUAAAUUGCAUUGCAAUCUCAUUUUUUUGGAUUAUAGUAGUAUUUGUUUAAAUGCUUUUAAUUUGCUAAAUUGAAAAUUGUUAAUUUAAAUAAAAUAUUAUUGCUGUUGAAGUAAUAAUACAUUAGAAUGAUCCAUUUUCUUUAUGCAAAAUUUUUUUUUUUUUUCUUUCUUUUGAUUAUGGGGUGAAAUAUGACCCAACAUGUUUUCAUGAGAUUUGUAUGUUUUUUGUUUUGUUUUGUUUUCCCCUCUCAAAUCAAACACUUACCAAAGAUUAAAUGGUAUACUCUGAAAAAUG